AUCUAAGGAUUGGAUAUGAGGUUCCUGUGUAGAGCCAAUCACAAUCAUUUGGAGGCGCGGUUAUCAAGCCAUACGGAAGUUACUGCGCAUUCCACGUUUUCGAAGCUGAGCUUACACUGCACCAGCACCCCAGCCCCAGUGGCUCCAAUCAUUAUGUGGCCAGUGUUAUGGAUGUCCAUGCGUACCUACGCCCCCUACAUAACCUUCCCGGUGGCCUUUGUGGUGGGGGCGGUGGGGUACCACCUGGAGUGGUUCAUCAGGGGGGACACCACCCUUAAACCUGGGGAGGAGAAGAGCAUCGUGGAGCUGAGGGAGGAUAGGAAGCUGGAGGAGGGGGCAGGACGGGACAGCACCCAGGUCCUCAGUCUCAAAGAGAAGCUGGAGUUUACCCCCAGGGCAGCGUUGGACCGCAACCGACCCGAGAAGAGCUAACCGUGCCUGGGGUUUAGGCUGACUGGUGUCCACCACUCCUAGUCCUGGAACAAGGGGUGAAGGGAGUGGAAUGAUGGAUAUAAACCCUGGUUCCCUAAUGCUAUGUAAUGGCCAAUAAGAGGCGUUGAAGCCACUGGUCGGCCAUAUUGGUACUCCCCAGAAGAAGCAGUCCACCAUAGGAAUGAAUGGAAUUCUGCAGUAUUUCAAUGAUAUUUUUCAAGGAGAAAAUUAAAUCUUUUAAAGUAUGUUGUUGUUGUUGUAGUGGGGACAGUAACUUUAGAACUUAAAAAAAAAAAAAACUUUAAGAAAAGUAUUUUAUUUUUGUAUUUUUUUGUUUAUUUCACAUAAUUUAAGAGUGGAUUAAGGUGUCUAAUGCAUGUGACAAAAACAAAGGGGAUCACAAUAAAGGCAUUUCUAUAGCAACCAAAAUAUUUUCUACAAUGGUGCCUCCUGUCAGUCAUCUAGUGUGUGUAAAUCUAUCAUUGGCGUUGAAGGUGCUUACCAAAGGGGAUCUGAGUCAUCUUCUCCUCAACAUACACACGCCAGCCAAUCGUUGUCACUCGUAUGCCCAAAGCACUGGCAUCAUACUGUACUUGGACAUCAUUGGCUUGGGCACCUGUGGUGGCACUGUUCUGUUUGAGACUGGAGGAUCAUGGGAAAUGGAGUCUUUUGUUUUAGGCUGCUGAAUAUCCACGCACCUCAUUAAUGAUUUGUGAUUCUCUCGUUGUCUCUCAUAUGUAUACACCCACACACAAAUAUAGGCUACUGGUUAUUCCAUAUUCAUACUUGUGAUCAUGUCCACCACAUAAACCGUUGGAGAAUGUUGGUCUGUAUUUUCAAAGUUUAGUAUAUAAGUCCCUGGGCACUCAAUCUGAUGACUACCACUGGGGUAACUCCUGAUAAGGCAUCGCUCUCUUCUGCUCAGAUGCUCACAACACUGAUGAAAGAACAAAGAACCCUUAUUGUCUGUGUGUGAGUGAGAGGCUUUCAAUGUGUCUUCAUAUUUUAAAAUAUCAUGAAAGAGAAGACAGUGUCAUAAAAUAACUGAAUUAAAUUUGAAUGAACCUGAGUGCCCAUGUAGAAUAACACAGAAGGGAUGAAGAAAGAGAACAGGCUGCUCCUUUCAUCCUCCUCCGUUCUCCAGAAAUAAAAUGGGUUCCAGUCGGCAAGCAUUACGAAGGGAGGAGUGUUUGCUCUCAUCUGGUCGUUUAACCACGUUGUUUUGUCUCCUCCCUCUUUCCUGUUACUUGGAUUCAAUAGCGAGAAAGACAAAGUCUCUAUUAGAGAACUCAAACGGGUCUUUUACCUGUCUUUUCAUUUACCUGGUAUGCUUUCAUUUCGAGAGUCUGUAAAGGUACACUGGUUCAUGUGUUUCAUGGAUCAAGAUAUUAUAUUUAAGGAUUUGGAUGGAAGAUACAAAACGUGACAGUCUCUGUCGCGUACGACCGCUCAUUGCCUGUUCUACGUUACUGCUGUAACAUGCUUGUAUGUUAUAAAAAAUAUAUAAUAAAUAUGAAAUGUGUCUCACAA